AUGGGACGAGUGCUACUGAAAACUAAUUGUCAAAGCACACAUCGGACUUCAACAUUGCGUAAAACAAACGACGGCGGAGUAUCGAAGCAGCUUACGGCUGCUGAGAAACGAAAAAGGAUGAUUGAAGCUGGUGCAAAAUAUGCAGCACAAAAUCGGAAAGUCAAGGCAGACUGUUCGACAGGAGCUCACUUCAUGAAAUUUAGCAUCAAGACGCGUCCACAGCCAGUUAUUAAAACUGAAUCAUGCAAAAAAACCAUAACGUCUUUGAAGCUACAGCACAUUUCGCCAAGAAAAAAUAAGCAAAUGGUUGAUCCAUCUAGUAGCCGUCAAUCGAUUUCCGAAAACAUUCUUAAUCGCUCAGAUAUAAAAAGCAAACCAAAAACUUAUUUUAUAAAAGCACCUCUGAAACCAAUCAAUGAAAUAUUUGAACGCGAUGAUGCCGCAUUGACAAGCAUUUUAAAUAGAUGUCCGCAAAAUUCAGUUUCUGGAAGAGCUUCCAUAUUUCGUGGACGCGAAAGACCAUCAUUGUUUCCAAAUGGCAUAAAUCCUUUGGAUACAGCUGCUGUGAAAUUUGCUAAACCUUUACCAUUGACAGCGUUAGCUGCCCGUUCGUUUUCUCUGGGAGUGAUACCUUCAACGAAAGUUGAUACUACGUCCAUUUUAGUUACACCAUCCUCGACUGUUAGGAUGUCAAAAAGAACACCAGCAAAAACUGUUAGGUUUGACGAAAGUAUCGAUUUUCGAAGUCCAAAAGUUGAUAGUAUAUCUUCUUCAGAAACCAAUGUUCUUGAAACUGAUAAACUAGCUUCUCUAGAAACUACAAAUGAAAUGAUUUUGGAUCUGAAAAUGAAAUUUGAUGACAUAUUAGAAAAGCUGAGAAAUUUGCCAGCGAGUGUUUUUACCAACUUGAAACAAGCAGUGUAUCAAAUUGCUUAUGAGAAAUCAAGAGAUGCUAACAGAACGUGUAAUGGGUAUCCAUUCAACCCACCGCUUAAUUCGACAGCGUUGUCAUUCUCAAAACCUGAAACGAAGGAAGUCUUGUUCAGUAGUUGUCGGUCAUCAUUGGAUUGCAUCGCCUCACGAACAAGACGAAAAGUUCGUGUGUCUCAGGAAUUCCCAUUAACAAUGGAAUCAUCUCAAGAAAAAAACAGCGAUCCUGUGUUUCGUCCAGAAAAUCUUGCUUAUAAAAACUGCGAAACCUCUAAAAUCAGCAAGAAUUCGAAAGAAAUGAAUCGAGUGUUCUCUAACAAAGUACAAUCAAUUGAAUCAACAGUGGAACUGCCAUGA